AUGCCUGAUAUAUCUGAUGCAAGAUAUACUAGUAAUGGCAUUGAACAGCAAGGAUUUGUUCAGCAAUCUGACAUCUUUAUGGAUUCAUGUGUUGUUGAGAUUCCUGACUCAUAUACUCUAAUGGAUCAACUUCACAAUAUUACUCCUUUUGAUAGAUUGCAUAGAGUAUUUGGUGAUGGUUAUAGUUUUAAAUAUAUAAGAUGCAGCACAAGUGUGACAAAUGGUAACGUCUCUGUGUAUAAAGUAUCUGCUCCAAAUGUUGCAAUAGCUGAUCCUGCACUAACUGAUAUCUUUCUUAGGAUGCAUCAAGAACAUGUAUUUCUUCAAAACUAUGAUAUUACAAUGGAUUGUCUAUAUAUUUCUUCUAGAGCUAUUGUUAAGGAAUUUCUUCUUGAUAAUGGAAUCAGUAGCAAAGAUAUUCUUGAUGAUGAAAAUAAAGUUGGAGCAAACUGUAUUAGCUGGUUUACUGAUGAAGAUGAGAUAAGAAUAAGGAACAAGUUGUAUAAUAAAUUUGUUCAACUCUUAGAAAGUGGUGAAGUUCGUAAUCAAAUUACUUCUAAGCUAUCAGAGCUAGUGAUGCCAACUUCUCAACAGUUUGGUGAAACACUUGUUGCGUGUAGGAAUGAAGGAUUAAUGAGACUUGAGCUUACUGUUCACUCUCCUGAGUUGAAGGAAGUAGAAUGGAACACAAACUUAAUUGUCAAUACUCUUGAGUUUCUUCAUAACUGCAGGACAUUUGCAACAUCUUAUGAAAAGCAAUGGAUGGCACUAGUUGAUCAGAUUCAUAACAAACAUAUGUUGUGUAUUUACUUCCAUAAAGAACAUUCUCUUGGUUACUGCCAUUGGUUCAAUAAAACAACUAAGAAGAAACAAGGAAUAGCUAAAAAGUUGAAAAAGAAUGAGGAUAUGAUGACUGUUGUUUCUAAUCUUACAUUCAAUGGACACCCAACUGUUCUUCUUACAUAUGCUACUAGUAGUGGUCCUCUUGAAUCUGAAGUUGUUCUGAGAAGAGAUAUCACAAACAUCACUAUUGUUCCUAGUCAGAGAAACUCCUUCUGGCCAGUUGCUUCAAGAGAAAGACAACAACAUACAUUUGCUGAAAUGGGACUUAUUAACUAUCGUGGAAUACAUAUUGGGGGUUAUACAGAGACACUUAUCUGCCCAUUAACUAUUUAUGCAUGCUGGAACUAUUAG